UUUGUUACUGUUUCUCAAAAUUUCAAAUUCGACGAAUUGCUGAAAAAGAUGCUGUAGAAACUAAAGGUAGAAGAGAAAUCUCUAAGGGGAGAUGACGUCCCUGAGCUACUGGAAAGGCUUAAGAGCAUGUUAGAUGAGAAGUACUUGGUAGUUUUGGAUGAUGUGUGGGGAACAGAUGAAGGGAGGUGGUGGGAUAGCUUGAAGUCCGCUUUGCCCUCAGUGGAGGGUAGCUGUGUUAUUGUUACAUCAAGGAAUGAGAAGGUUGCUCAAUCAAUGGGGGCUACUGACAAGUGCAUACAUCGUUUGCAAGUUCUUUCGGAUGACGAUAGUUGGUCGUUAUUUAGCAAGGUAGCUUUUGCAAGAAAUGGAGGUAAGUGCACAAAUCCAGAUUUGGAGGUCUUGGGAAGGGAGAUUGUUAAGGGAUGUGGGGGGCUUCCUUUGGCAAUCAACAUUGUGGGCGGAAUGAUGUUGGGGAAAGGUGAUUCCAUCCAUGAAUGGAAGCAAAUAUCAAAGCACCUAAAGGAGGAGUUGGAAAUCAGUAAGAAAGAUGAGAUGAUCAUUUCGACACUAGAGUUAAGCUAUGAAGAGCUCCCAACACACUUAAAACCUUGCUUCUUGUGUUUUUCCACGCUUCCUGAAGAUUGUGAAAUAUCAGUUGACUACAUGCGUGAAUUGUGGAUUGGUGAAGGUUUUGUUUGGGGAAGAUAUGAGAAAACGGCAUUUGAGAUUGGAGAAGAAUGCCUUGCAGAAUUAUUUAAUCGAUUUUUAAUACUUGGAGUGGGUAAAGAUGUCUUUGAAAGUCGCUUCAUUCGUUGCAAAAUGCAUGAUAUGGUUCGAGACAUGGUUAUAAAAAUUGCAAGAGAAGAGAACUUUUUUGUGAGCUUGGAGAGUGGAGGUAGGAUCGGAUUCAGUGUGCAGUCUCGCCGCCUGGGAAUUUCAAAGAACACAACAGUACUGGAGAGCAUCCUAAACAGUUCCACCAAGCUGCGGUCAUUAUUUGGAAUGGAAAUUGAGAGGAGUGAGAUCAUUGGAAGUGUAAUAGUACUCUGCAAAGUAAGGUGGUUGAGGGUGUUAUGUCUUUCAUUGUCAAACAUGAAAAUCGAUGUUGUGGCCAAGUAUUGGUUGAGUGAGAUAGGGUCAUUACAGCACCUCGUUUUUCUUAGAAUAGAGAAUUCUGCGUUAAGAAGACUCCCCGAUUCAAUCAGAAAUCUUCGAAAUCUUCAGAUUCUAUAUUUAACAGACUGCCCGAAUUUGGAAAUGCUUCCUGUGUCAAUCACAACAUUGGAGAAACUGACAGCUGUCGAAAUCAUUAAUUGUACCUCUUUAGAAUGCAUGCCGGAAGGGCUUGGAAAGCUUUCAAAUCUUGAAAUUUUAUUUGGGUUUAAGCCAAUGAAUUUGGGUAGUAAAAAUGGAUCCGAUAUUUCAGAUCUGAAGAAGUUGACAGGACUCAGAAAACUUUGGAUGUACAUAAAGUCAGAGAAACAAAUAGAAGGAGAAUGGAAUGUUUUAUCAAUGCUCUAUCAUCUGCAAUUUCUAAUGCUAGACUUUGAGGGCAGUUCUCUUGAAAGUGAAGGAAUUGUAAAGAAGAUUGACAGUCAGUUUUCUGCUCCUUUAAUAUCCCUUAGAGGGUUGUAUCUUUUUAACUACCCAGGAGAAAGCACACCUGCGUGGCUCAGUCCUAUUUCCCUUCCCAAUCUUCAAUUUCUUGAGAUUGGUUGGGGAAGGAUUAAGAAGAUGGGUCCCAGAUUUUGGGACAGUGAGAAUGGGGUAUGGAAAGUGGAGGUCUUGGUGCUAAAAUACUUGAAAGAGAUGGAAGAAGAGUGGACGAGGAUGCGAAGGGCAAUGCCGUCUUUAAGACUCGUGAAGGUUCGUAAAUGUCCGAAGCUCAAGUCAUUCCCAUUGAAUGACACAUUUAAAGACAUGUUUGCAAACUGGAGCGUAUGGAGGAAAGAAGAAGAAAAAGGAGGUAUGCUCCAUGCACGGAGUGCUCCCAUCCUAUUUGAAGUUGCGCAUGCCGCCCUAGAAGAAGGAGAAGGAGGUUUGCUAAUUUCCCACGCACAUAGUGGUCCCAUCCUCUCUGAAAUUCCAUCUGCCACCGAAGAAGAAAAAGAAGGACCAGAGAUACAAGAGAUUUCAUCUGAGUAGCUCCAGCAAAGGCAAUUUAUAUCAUCUAGAGGCAACCCAUCAUCCAACAAUGUAUACAGUUCAUUGAAUACUUUUAACUUGCUAUCUCCAUUAAUAAAUUUGUGAACUCCUGUUCUUCAUGCCAGAUGGACAAAAGCCUUAAAACUUUCUUUUAUAAUAUUUAUAUUUGUAGCCAAUUAACCUUUGUAAUUAAUAUUUUCUGAUACUGGGGACAGACAUACUCUCUUGUCAUCUAUUCAAGGUUUCACUAUAAGAUACAUUUCAUUGAUAAUGUUAAUUAGUAGAUU